CCCUCGCUAGGUCCCAGGCAGGCAGCCGGCGGGGGUAGGCGUGGGGGGAUCGGGGGCUGGAUGGACGGGUGACCUGUUGGACAGACAGACGCCGAGUGAGCCUCCCCUGGGGCUCCCCAAGCCCCGUCAGACGCAGGUGUCGUUCCCCUCCGCCGCCCCCCUCUUCUCCCCCCCGGGCGCCGUCCCCAUGUCAGGGCGCACGGUGCGGGCCGAGACCCGCAGCCGGGCCAAGGAUGACAUCAAGAAGGUGAUGGCGGCCAUCGAGAAAGUGCGCAGAUGGGAGAAGCGCUGGGUGACCGUGGGCGACACGUCUCUGAGGAUCUACAAGUGGGUGCCCAUUGUGGACCCCCGGGAUGAGGAGAAGCGGCGACUGGCCGGCAGCGGGGAGAGGCACAAGGGCCGGGAGAGGAGGGGGCGCGUGCCCAGCCCCCGGGCCAACCCCGCCCUCCUCAUGCUGGACCUGAACGAUGAGAACAGCAACCAGAGCUCGCUGUCUGAGACCUCCCUGGCCAAGGGGGGAGACACCAGCUCCAGCCCCACCCCCGACCGCAGCCAGACGGCAACCCCCACCCCGCUGGGGGAACUGAAAGCGGAGGACUCGCAGCCCCCCAUGCUGGGGCAGGAAGGGGACUCUGGGGUGCUGCUGCUUGAGGGGACGGACGAGCCCCCCAUGCUGACCAAGGAGGACCCUGUUCCAGGCCUACUGGAGUCACAGGGACAAGAGGAUGCACCCCCCUUUGAGACGGCCCCAACCUUCCCGCAGCCGGUGCUGGAAGAAGAGGACGAUGAGUCCAUGGGGGCACCUCCCCUGAAGCGCAUCUGCCCCGAGGAGCAGGAAAUGGGUGCCCCCAACUCUCCAUAGACCUAGCCUCCUCCCUGCCCUCUCCCUGGCUUCGUGCUGCACUGGAGAGCAUGGGGGGCAGAGUGGGAGCUGGGCAGGAGGUGAAUCAUGCUUGCCAAAUGCGAAAGGACCAAAGACACUUUGAAGAGGAUGUUGGCGUUGGGUCAGGACUCCUCGGAGGGGAGUGGGGGCUGAUGGGUUAGAGCAUGGGGGAUGGGAGUCAGGACUCCUGGGUUCUAUCCCCAGCUCU